CCAGCAGACUGGGCUCACCAUGGUGCCAGGCGCCGUCCUGGCACGAGGGAGGGAUGUGUGCAAGCGGAACGGACUGCUCAUCCUGUCUGUGCUAUCUGUCACCGUGGGCUGCCUUCUCGGCUUCUUCCUGAGGACCCGUCGCCUAUCACCACAGGAAAUUAGUUACUUCCAGUUUCCUGGAGAGCUCCUGAUGAGGAUGUUGAAGAUGCUGAUCCUGCCACUGGUGGUCUCCAGCUUGAUGUCUGGCCUCGCCUCCCUGGAUGCCAAGACCUCCAGCCGCCUGGGCAUCCUCACCGUGGCAUACUACCUGUGGACCACCUUCGUGGCAGUCAUCGUGGGCAUCAUCAUGGUCUCUAUCAUCCACCCGGGGGGCGCAGCCCAGAAGGAGACGACAGAGCAGAGCGGGAAGCCCAUCAUGAGCUCGGCCGAUGCCCUGCUGGACCUUAUCCGGAACAUGUUCCCAGCCAACUUGGUGGAAGCCACUUUCAAACAGUACCGUACCAAGACCACCCCCGUUGUCAAAUCCCCCAAGAUGGCAUCAGAGGAGGCCCCUCCUCGGCAGAUCCUCAUCUACGGGGUCCAGGAAGAGAACGGCUCUCAUGUUCAGAACUUUGCCCUGGACCUGACCCCGCCGCCCGAGGUUGUUUACAAGUCAGAGCCUGACACCAUCGAUGGCAUGAACGUGCUGGGCAUCGUCAUCUUCUCUGCCACCAUGGGCAUCAUGCUGGGCCGCAUGGGGGACAAUGGGACCCCUCUAGUCAGCUUCUGCCAGUGCCUCAAUGAGUCCGUCAUGAAGAUUGUGGCGGUGGCUGUGUGGUACUUCCCCUUUGGCAUUGUGUUCCUCAUCGCCGGCAAGAUCCUGGAGAUGGACGACCCCACAGCAGUCAGAAAGAAGCUGGGUUUCUACGCGGUCACCGUGGUGUGUGGGCUGGUGGUCCAUGGCCUCUUCAUCCUGCCCCUGCUCUACUUCUUCAUCACCAAAAAGAACCCCAUUGUCUUUAUCCGAGGCGUCCUCCAGGCCCUGCUCAUUGCACUGGCCACCUCCUCCAGCUCAGCCACACUGCCCAUCACCUUCAAGUGCCUGCUGGAAAACAACCACAUUGACCGGCGGAUUGCCCGCUUUGUGCUGCCCGUGGGCGCCACCAUCAACAUGGACGGGACAGCGCUCUACGAGGCUGUGGCCGCCAUCUUCAUUGCCCAGGUCAACAACUAUGAGCUGGACUUCGGCCAGAUCAUCACCAUCAGCAUCACGGCCACAGCGGCCAGCAUCGGGGCAGCUGGCAUCCCCCAGGCUGGGCUCGUCACCAUGGUCAUCGUACUCACCUCCGUGGGACUUCCCACUGACGACAUCACCCUCAUCAUCGCUGUCGACUGGGCUCUGGACCGUUUUCGCACCAUGAUUAACGUGCUGGGUGACGCGCUGGCGGCAGGGAUCAUGGCCCACAUCUGCCGGAAGGACUUUGCUCAGGACACAGGCGUGGAGAAACUGCCGCCCCGUGAGACCAAGCCAGUGAGCCUCCAGGAGAUCGUGGCAACCCAGCAGAAUGGCUGUGUGAAGAGCGUGGCGGAGGCCUCAGAGCUGACCCUGGGCCCUGCCUGUCCCCACCACAUCCCUGUCCAGGUGGAGCAGGACGAGGAACCAGCUGCCACCUCUCUGGACCACUGCACCAUUGAGAUCAGUGAGCUUGAGACCAAUGUGUAGCCUGCAGAGCUGCAGGGGCCAGGGGAGGCCUCCAGGUCUAGGGGCCAAGGGCAGGAUCUCAACUCACUACUUUUCCGAGCACUCGACAGGAGCCAGGCUCACACACUCCUCCCACCCUUGAGAGGCCAGGAUUCGCCCCACAGGCCAGACAAUAAAGUCUCAGAAAGGGAAAGACUGCAUGUGGGAGCCCCAGCUGGAGAAUUAUGACCUGGCACAGCCAAGGACCCAGCUAUGACAUUUCCACUGUGUUAACCUAUGAGGGUGGCAGCAGGGGCUAUAUGGUCCCACUUUCUGGAUCACAGAGUUGAGACCCCGUGAGCUGAAAACACUUGCCCCAGGUCUCAGGGCAGGUAACGUCAGGGCCAGGACUCUAACUCAAGUCUUCCAGGCCCUGGCCACUCUCUCCUGGAGGACAGGGGCCUGCAGGGCCAGAUGCCAAGGGUCUCUGCCCCUCUGCAGGAGCUCAGCAGCCACCACUGCCUUCAGUUUAUGAAGAUACAGCGAUGUUCUGGUUCUGCCCCAGCUGAGUCCCUGCCCAGGCCGGUCACCCUCCCUGCCCCAUAACACGUGGCCUCAGACAAACAGCCCUCCCUGAGGACAGCCCAGCCCUAGGCCAAGGCCCGCUGCCUGCCACGUGCCACAGCCUGUCCCGUCUCCCAUCAGUCUCACCAGUCGUGUCUCACAAAGCUCAGCCCGUGUGGAGACAGCAUGGCCUCAGAAGAGCUGCAGGGGCCCUUGGACACAUCUGGGCCAGUCUCCCACAGGACAGGUGGGCCAGCCAGGACUGGGGAGGCAGGCUUGCCUGGGAUGCUUUAGUCAAGCUGCCCAUGGAGCCUUGGGGUCAGCACUCUCCAUGAGCCUGUGUGAUGGAGUGGUGUUAGAUUUUCUACUCCUUUCUGUGUUCGCAAAUUCGGUGAUAACUAAAUAAAGGUGUUUUGUUUUUCAAUUUUGUGGGCUUGGUGACCAUACCCUGGCCAGCAUUUUUU